AUAAACAACUAGGUUUCAGUGUUUGCCUUUGUUACAUAAGUCCCUCUUGUAGUUGUGUCUCGCACCCAAGAAGUAUGCUAUGUACCCUUACAUUGUGCCCAUCAAGAGCGCACCAAUCCCCCUUCCCUCCAUCUUGCAUUGAAUUGAGUUUUUCUCUUGUUUGAACAUGUAUUAGAUCGUCUACUGGCUUCAUAAUAAUAUUGAGUAUAUAUUGGAUACUUGCUUUUCCAUUCUUGUGAUGAUACUUAGACUAAGAAGAAUGUGUCUCAACUCCAUCCAGGUUAACACAAAAGAUGUAAAGUCUUCAUCUUUUUUAUGGUGGAAUAGUAUAGUUUGGUAAACGUAUACGACAGUUUGUUAAUCCUUCCUGGACUGGUGGACAUUUAGAUUGUUUCCACAUAUUGGCUAGGCUUUUUAUUUUUAGUAGAGAUGGGGGUCUCACUCUUGCUCAUGCUAGUCUUGAACUUGUGAGCUCAAGCAAUCCUCUUCCCUUGGCCUCCCAGAGUGCUAAGACUACACGCUAAGAUUACACACAUGAGCCACCGGGUCUGUCCCAAAACAUUAAAAGAGAAUGAAAAUUGGUGGGAAACUUAGAUAUACACUUGCUGAAAUAGGAGAAUGCAAAUGGCCAAGAAACCACUAAAAAAAUGCUGUCUCGCUGGUAAUUGAGAACACUGAUGAUAGCCACCAUCCUUUUGCUAUUGGAAGUAAAUGUGAACAGAAAUGUCAGAAGGAUGCGGCCUGGCAGAGUAAGGACCCUUUUAGGGAAGUGUAGGCUUCACCUCCUGAGAAGACACACCCUAGUCCCAACCAAGCCAUUUAGUUUUGCUCCAACAGAACGUCUGAGCUACUGGAAGUGGCUUUAAGCGGCAGAGGAGCUGCGCAUCCAGCAGCACCAAAAUGGGCCGGGCAAGGAUGAGGACAUGCCCACGCUUCACAACGUGGCUGUACCCCACUCCUGAACCUCACUCCUGCGCCUGCCUCAACAACAGUUAUGUGAGGAUUAAAAAUAGGCAGAACUACACUGCUUAGGGAAAUACUUAGGUGACAAAACCAGAAGGAGAAACUGGGUAAGUGACCAACCUAGAGCUGGAGCAGGCUGCCUAUGGGGAGCUGCACUGGUCACUGGGUUGGUGGUGACAGGGUAUUCUCUUUGGAGCCCAGUGGGUCGGACGUUUGUGUGCACAUUCCUUAGUGUCAUUGCAGGAUUUAAGAGGUUUUAAAAUAACCUAGUUGCCAAAAUCCUGUUAAGUCUGCCCUGCCACACAGAGCUUGACCUGUGUUUCAAAGAUUCCUGUCCCCCACCCCAAAGUGAAAUGUCAAUAAUUUUUAACACCCCUUCCCCAACACACAGAGGGGCUCCAGCCUCAGCCACAGGGAGGGCCCCAAGCAGGGACCUUUCCCUGGGGCCCUGCUGAGUCUGCACUUUCCCUGUGUAAACUUUCCUGCGGGUCUCUGGGCGUGGACUUUCUCCCUGCAGAUCUAUAAUUUCUCAGAAGAGAAGCUGAGAAAUGACCUGGAAAUGAUCGAUUCUCGAUAAUGGGAAGGAGAAGCAUGUCCUCAGCACCAGCACGUGGGACCUGUCAACAGGAUGCCCCCCCACAACCUACCUGCUCUGCUCCCAUACAUGCCUCUUCUGGUUCCUUCCAGUACCUUCUGUGAACAAACAUUCCCACUCCCAGGCACAGCAAAGGGACUGGUAGGCAAAACCUUUUGACAGCCAGAAGAGGAACCUCCAGGAACAUGGAGGGGACAGGCAGGCAGGAUGACAGCCAGGCCUAACCUGCUCAGACCUGAAAGGAGGCAAUAAUUGGGUGGGGUUUGAGCAGGACAAGAGGGUCCGGGGACAGGUAGGGAGGGGCCAGGACCUUUCCUGGCAUGAGCAGCUUCUUUGCCUGCCUGGGAAGACCACAGAUCAGGCCAGACACCCCCCAGCUUCCCCACUUUCUGGGAGGAUGGUACUGGGGAAAGCAAACACAGGGCAGCUACGGCCCUGCCAGGUGUUCCUAGAAGAGGCUGGGGCUGGGGCUGGGGCAGUGGCCAGACACCAGCUGACCCUGAGGUCACAGAAGGCUGAGGCAGGCCUGGGCCCUGGGCAGCUCCUGGACCCAGAAGCCCAAAAGGGGACCCACCCAGGCUUUAUGAAACUCUAGGGAGAGCAGGAGGGCAGCAUGUGGGCACACGGUGGGUCACGGGAACAAGGUGGUGCCUGCUGAUCCCCCAGUCACUGUGCAGGCUGAGAGCAGACUACCAAGACCCUGCAGCAGUCUGAGGAGUCCCUGUUCUGAGUGGGAACAGGUGAAGCCCUGGGUUCCCCAGACCUGCCUCAAGCACCAGCCCCUGUAAGGCCAGUCCCAGGAUCACUCUUACCCCUACCUGGCUACCAGCCUGCCCCAGCUAGCUCUGCAGAGGAAUGGGUAGAGGACUGGCCACCCAGGCCCUGAAGGUGGCUUUGGGUGGACUCUCCCCAGUAGUGGUAUUGGCCACCCGGCACGAGGGGGUUAAUGAAGCUGGGGCCAGCUGGGCUGGGCCUGCGGCCACAGGCACUGACUGCCCUGAAGUGGGAACGUCCCGAGGGCAGAAGCAGCCGGCACAGCAGACGUGUUCACCCACUGUAGCCUGCAGCCCGCUUUGCACACGCAAUGGCCCUGAAGAAAGGAGGGCUGGCCCUGGCGGUGCUGCUAGUAUACUGGGCAGCACUGGGGCACCAGUGCCCCACAGUCUGUACCUGCAGCUAUGACGACUACUCGGAUGAGCUCAACGUCUUCUGCAGUGCACGGAACCUCACGCAGCUGCCCGAUGGGAUUCCUGACGGCACCAGGGCCCUGUGGCUCGAUGGCAACAACCUGUCCUCCAUUCCCCCAGCGGCCUUCCAGAACCUCUCCAGUCUGGACUUCCUCAACCUACAGGGCAGCAAGCUGGGCAGCCUGGAGCCGCAGGCGCUGCUGGGGCUGCAGAACCUUUACCACCUGCACCUGGAGCGGAACCAGCUGCGUGGCCUAGCGGCCCACACGUUCACACACACUCCCAGCCUGGCCUCGCUCAGCCUCAACAACAACCUCCUCAGCAGGGUGGAAGAGGGCCUCUUCAAGGGGCUCACCAACCUCUGGGACCUCAAUCUUGGCUGGAACAGCCUGGCAGUGCUUCCUGACACUGUGUUCCGGGGCUUGGGCAGCCUCCGAGAGCUGGUACUGGCCGGCAACAGGUUGGCCUACCUGCAGCCAGCACUCUUCUGUGGCCUCAGUGAGCUGCGUGAGCUGGACCUGAGCAGGAAUGUGCUGCGGAGCGUCAAGGCCAAUGUCUUCGUGCAGCUGCCCAGGCUGCAGAAGCUCUACCUGGCCCGCAACCUCAUCACUGCUGUGGCCCCGGGUGCCUUCCUGGGCAUGAAGGUGCUACGCUGGCUGGACUUGUCUCACAACCGUGUGGCUGGCCUCCUGGAGGACACAUUCCCGGGCCUGCUGGGCCUGCAUGUCCUGCGCCUCUCCAACAAUGCCAUCACCAGCCUACGGCCCCGCACCUUCAAGGACCUGCACUUCCUGGAGGAGCUGCAGCUUGGCCACAAUCGCAUCCGGCAUCUGCCUGAGAAGGUGUUUGAAGGGCUGGGCCAGCUGGAGGUGCUAAUGCUCAACAACAACCAGAUCCAGGAGAUCAAGGCUGGUGCCUUCCUUGGCCUCUUCAACGUGGCAGUCAUGAACCUCUCCGGCAACUGUCUCCAGAACCUUCCGGAACAGGUUUUCCAGGGCCUGGGCAAGCUGCACAGCCUGCACCUGGAACACAGCUGCCUGGGCCACGUCCGCCCACACACCUUCACCGGCCUCUCAGGGCUGCGCAGGCUCUUCCUCGGGCACAACGACAUCUCCGACAUAGAGGAACAGAGCCUGUGGGGUCUGCACGAGCUCCUGGAACUGGACCUCACCUCCAACCAGCUCACACAUCUGCCCCGCCGGCUCUUCCAGGGUCUCGGCAAGCUGGAGUUCCUGCUCCUCUCUCGAAACAGACUGGCAGAGCUGCCCCUGGAGGCCCUGGGCCCCUUGCAGCGGACCUUGUGGCUGGAUGUCUCACACAACCACUUGGAGGCGCUGGCCAAUGGCCUCUUCUCAACGCUGGGGAGGCUGCGCUACCUCAGCCUCAGGAAUAACUCCCUGCGGACUUUUGUGCCACAUCCUCUGGGCCUGGAGCGUCUGUGGCUUGAGGGAAACCCCUGGGACUGUAGCUGCCACCUCAAGAUGCUGCGUGACUUUGCCCUGCAGAACCCCAGCGCUGUGCCCCGCUUCAUCCAGGUGGUUCCUGAGGGGGACGACUGCCAACCCACCGUGUACACCUACAAUAACAUCACCUGUGCCAGUCCCCCUAGUGUAGUGGGCCUUGACCUGCGGGAUGUCAGUGAGGCCCACUUUGCUCACUGCUGACCUGGGCUCCCUGCCUGCCUCACUUUGGCCAGACACUGCCCUAUGCUCAGGACAGGUCCUUACCGUCGUCCUCAGAAUGAGCUGACCUCCAGGGGCUUGAUAGGCACACAAGCCCAUGCUGUCCGCUUCCUGAAGGAUGGUCUUGGGGCUGUGCCAGCAUGGGCUGAAGACUUGAGGGCCUGAUGGGUGGGGACAGAGCACCCCAGGGAUGGGCAGGGGUAGGUGGACACACAGCCUUCCCUGUUGUCAUCAAUUAAAGUAACCUAACAAACCA